CAGUGAGUUUGCGCAUUGUACAAGUUGGGCUCUCCUUGAACUACGACAGGUUCUUAUCGGGUGAUACCUCAGCCUGCACGAUGGCGAAAGGAAAGAGCCAAAACCCUGCCGAUGCCUAUCGCAAGGCCUUGCGGAAGAAAGAGCUUAAGAAGAACAAGACAGAAAGGACUAAGGCUCGCGAGUUCGCUCUGGUCAAGAAGGACACGCAUGACCUGGAAGACGAAAUCGAGAAGCUGGAAACAGCAACCGACUUUUCCGCUGCAGAUAAAUCCCGGUUAGCGGAACUCAAAGCCGAGCUGGCGAAGGUCGUGGCAAAGAAGGAAGAAUACGUGAAAGAACAUCCUGAACAUCGCAAGCUAGUGUUCCGUCACAGGAGAGACAAGGGUAGCGAUCAGCCGUCGGUCCCGCUCGGUGAAGAGAAGCGCAAUUUGUUUGACAAACGUGGUCUUCCUCGCCAUCCUGAACGCAGCAUUUAUUAUGACCCAGUGAUGAAUCCUUACGGUGUUCCACCCCCUGGUAUGCCUUAUAUUGAGAGGCCUUUGCGGGAAGAUGAAGUAGCCAGCGAUGAAGAUGGCACUGAUGAUGAUAUCGUGAUGCCCGCUGGUCCACCACCGGGUGUCAAUAGUGAUGACGACAGUGACGAUGACAUCCCUAUGCCUGAAGGUCCGCCCCCGAGCGCCUUACAAAAUCAAAGUUCAACUUUACCCUCUCCACUUCCGCCACUUCCUCCCCUGCCUCCGCCACCACCAUCCUUCACCUCACUCCUUCCAGUGGGCUUUGUUCCACCCCCACCACCUCCCGGAUACGCGGGGAAUUUCUACCCGCCUCAUCCCGCCGGUACUCGUGGUACUUUCCCACCGCCACCCGGUCCAACGCCACUACCGGCCCCUCCGCCUGGGUUCUUCCCUCGUAAUGCCGCCACGAUGCAUGACCCCCUUUCUCCUGUUUCUCAUCGACCAGAUCAGGUACAACACUCUAAUGGAGCAGUCACAGGGUAUCCGUCGUUACCACCCAAGCCCUCUACCACUGUUUCCACCUCUCUGCCUGCUCACGCAGCAGGUUCCUCUGCAACAAUCUCUGCCGGGCCAGAGUUACGCGAUCUGAAGAAGGAGGCGACAGCCUUCGUUCCCUCAUCUCUCAAAAGAAAGAAAACUUCCGGGCCUUCGGUUGCUGGACCGAAGGUUAACGCUGCGCCAUCUGUGGGUAGGGCAGGGUCUGAAUCCAGGGAGCCGCCACCAACGGCUAAACCAGAUCUCGUAAGUACCCUGCGCAAUCAGUUCGGAGCUCCGCCACCGCCGGUUAGGGAAGCCUCUUGCCAUGGACCAGCUCCCAAAACCAAGAACGAUUAUCAGAAGUUCCUAGAAGAAAUGAGCGACAUUUUGGGUAAGCCUGAAUGAUAAGUCCGUGCAAUGGGUAGACGCGCACUGCAUCGAUUCAUACUGAUACUGCUGUUGUAAUCCAAUAUCGCCUUGUGACACACUUAGACAACGUGGGUGGGGUAAAGUAGACGCGCAAUAUUAAUCUCAGCAUGCGUUUGGCUUAGCCAGGGCAGACCUCACUAAGCCUCGAUCAUGU